AUGAUCGACAGUAAAAAAGAUAUGCGGACUUAUUUAAAAUACGAACUUGCACCUUUUUCAUUGUCACUUUUUACCGAAAAUGGUCUCAGGAAAAACGUUAAAUCUCAGCUCUACGAAUUAUUUGAGAGUACAAAUGGACCAACGCAUUCUGACGGCAUUGUGCGUGUCGUCGACGCUGGAUUUUUACUGCAAAUAGUAAUUUGGCAGAAAAAUGAAACGGUGGAAGAGAUCAUGAAUGUAUAUUUGCGCUAUGUAGAAAAACAUUAUACAGCAGGCAGCCAUUUCGUUUUUGACGGCUAUCCCGAAAUUGAAAAAUCAGUAACUGUGACACCAACACCAGCAUCUCAUUUAACUAAAAAAGGAGAACGUUGUCGUAGAAAAAGCUCAGACAAUAUUCUAAAGUUUCAUUAUCAAAACCAUGCUAAAAUACCAUUUUUGCAGGAAAAAUUUUUAUCAAACGAGAAAAACAAAGACAAAAUAAUCAAAAUGUUAAUGGAAAUCUUACAGUCACAAGGAUUUUUCUGUAAACAAGCAGAAGAAGAUGCUAAUGCUGAUAUAAUGUCAUUGUUGUGGGAUAAUACCUACCAUGCUGUCAAGAGCACAAAAACUAUACAACGCUGCUAUCAAAGGCUCAUUAUUAAGUCUUGUGAGGAACCACAAAAUAUUACCCCGACUAACUGCAAUGUGUUAUUAAAACCUAUCUGUACACAAAAUCAAGACGAAGAAGUAACUGAUAUUAUUUUCAAUCAAACAGUACAAGUCAAUGAAAAAGUUAUUUCUUGGCUCCGUAAUAAUGAAAUAUUUAAAAAUAGGAAUACUCAAAACUUAACAGAACUUACCAAUAUAGACAUAGAAAAUAUUCCAAUAGUAAUAGUGGCCAAUAAUAAACGAAGUGAUGAAUAUGUUCAAUCAGACGUUUUAAUUCAACAGGAUAAUUCUGUUUUAAAAACACAAAAAAUUGCAGAGCUUUGUACUAGUUUAGAGAGCAGAAAUGUAGUUGAAACAUCAGUUUCUAAUUCAAAAAACCAGAGUAGGGCGAUAUGA